AUGGAUGGUUAUUGUGUGGUUGUUGCUGAUACCCACCAGCAUGCAAAACUAGCUGCGAGGAAGGUUCAUGUUGAGUAUGAGGAGCUCCCAGCAAUCUUGUCAAUACAGGAUGCCUUGAAAUCUAACUCUUUUCAUCCUAAUACAGAAAAAUGUUUAAGAAAAGGAGAUGUAGAUCUUUGUUUUCAAUCAGGUGAAUGUGACCACAUCAUUGAGGGUGAGGUUCAAGUAGGAGGUCAGGAGCACUUCUAUUUAGAGCCACAAAGUAGUUUAGUGUGGACUUUGGAUGGUGGAAUGAGAUUUGGAGGAUCCAACAUAUUGUAUCUCUUACCAAAGAGAGCCAAUUAA